GUGUGACAGCGCCCGUUGAUAUAGAAGGCCCUAUCUGGCGGCUUCCAUUCUAACACCCCGCCUUCCAUUGUCAUUUCUUGGUCAUAGUAUUCUUUUACGAUCAACUUUGUAAUUUUUUUUCUUUCUUAUCUUUUGCAUUAAAACAACAAAAAAUUCCGACAUAAACAACUCAUGUUCCUUUUUUCCCACGUUUGUUUGCUUUUCUUUCAAUAAAAUUAAUAACGUCCUCCUUAUUAUCACCAUAACCAUUUUUACUCCCCUUAGUUUCUCCAGGGAAAUUAGCAUAGUUCAACGAAGAGCAUAGAAACAUUGAGUUCUGCUUUGCUGUUUUAAAGGGUUUGUUGUAUAUCUUUUGGUUUUAAAGUUAAGUGAAAGAAGAGAAAAUUUUGGGGGGUUGAAGAAGAGGGGAAAUGGGGUUUGUUUUUUCUAUAGUGAAGGUGGUUUCUGUUCUUUUUCUGGGGUUUUUGGCUUUGAAUUGCUUCACUGAGUUUGGAUCAAAUGCUCAACUGUUGCCUGAAUCUGAAGUGCAAACUCUUCAAACGGUAUUUUCAAAGAUGCAGCAUCCGAAUGCUAGUACCAUUGAUCGAACCCUUUGCACUGGUAGUUCAUGGAAUUAUACCACUACCGAUCUUGUUGAAAGCCAUAUUGUAUGUAAUUGUUCAGAUGGAAACAACACCAUAUGCCAUGUCACUCAAAUAUUGAUAAAGGGUCACAAUUUGACUGGAAUUCUACCACCUGAACUUGGAAAUCUUACUCAUCUGGAAGUAAUCGAUCUUACUCGCAACUAUCUUAACGGAUCACUUCCGUCAAAUUUGUCUCAGCUUCCUCUCACCAGUUUGUCACUUUUGGGGAACCGUCUUAGCGGUCCAAUCCCUAGGGAAAUUGGUGAUAUUCCUACACUUGAAGGACUGGUUUUGGAAGAUAAUCUGUUUAGUGGAUCUCUACCGUCUAACCUAGGAAAUUUGGACCGCUUGAGUAGACUUCUUCUUUCUUCGAACAAUUUCACAGGAACAAUACCUGAAUCAUUCGGCAAAUUGAAGAACUUAACUGAUUUCCGAAUAGAUGGAAGUAGUCUGUCUGGGAAGAUACCUGAUUUCAUAGGGAAUUGGACUAAACUUACAAGAUUGGACAUGCAAGGCACAUCAAUGGAAGGACCAAUUCCUUCAACCAUUUCCGAGUUAAAAAACUUAACUGAUUUGAGGAUAACUGAUUUGAGUGGGAGAAGUUCGGCUGUUCCAAAUUUGGAGGCAAUGAAAGAUAUGAAAGAAUUGGUACUUCGGAAUUGCUUGCUUACUGGUUCAAUCCCUCCCUAUAUAGGGGAUAUGAAAUCAUUAAAAACGCUGGACCUAAGCUUCAACCGCUUAACUGGACAGAUUCCACAGGAACUUCGCAGUUUGACAAAGUUGAAUUACUUGUUUCUGACUAACAACUCAUUGACUGGACCCGUGCCUGAUUGGAUAUUAGAAAGCGAUGAGAACAUAGAUUUGUCUUACAACAAUUUUACUUCUUCAUCUCAAACAAGUUGCCAACAAGCAAAAGUGAACUUAGUAUCCAGUUCGUCGUUCUCAGCUGAUAGCAACUCAGUUCCAUGGUGCUUAAGGAAGGACCUUCCAUGUCCAAGAAAACCAAACCAUCAUUCCUUAUUUAUUAAUUGCGGAGGAGAGCAUAUAAACGUUGAUGGAAAUGACUAUGAAGAGGACUUAAGCACCAUUGGUCCAUCAAACUUUUUUAAUUCAGCAAAUAAAUGGGCUUAUAGUAGUACAGGGGUUUAUUUGGGUAAAGCUUCUGCUCAUUACACUGCAAAAGCUUCAUCCGCUCUGACUGGUCCAGCCUUAUACAAUUCUGCACGCCUUGCACCUCAAUCACUUAAGUACUAUGGCCUAUGUUUGCUACGAGGCAAUUAUCACGUGAAGCUUCACUUUGCUGAAAUUAUGUAUUCUGAUAAUAAGACAUUUGAGAGUCAUGGAAGGCGUUUAUUUGACGUAUCAAUUCAAGGUCGAAUAGUUUUGGAGGAUUUCAACAUCAUGGAGGAAGCUGGUGGUGUUGGUAGGGGCAUUGUCAGGGAAUUUGAUGUUGAUGUAAAUGGAAGUACGUUGGAGAUUCACUUAUUCUGGAGAGGGAAAGGAACUACUGCCAUUCCUGACAGAGGGGUUUAUGGGCCAUUGAUAUCUGCUAUUACAAUAACUCCUAACUUCUCGGUUGACACUGGGAAUGGGUUAUCCGCUGGAGCUAUUGCUGGUAUUGUGAUCGGUUCAUGUGUGAUUCUCAUCUUGCUCUUGAUCAUCCUCCGACUGACAGGUUACUUGGGGGGCAAACACGAUGAAAACAGUGAACUUCAUGGUCUAGAACUUCAGACUGGCUAUUUCAGUUUAAGACAAAUAAAGGCUGCAACAAAUAAUUUUGAUUCUGCAAAUAAGAUCGGCGAAGGAGGAUUUGGACCAGUUUACAAGGGUGUACUGCCAGAUGGUAGAGUAGUUGCAGUCAAGCAACUAUCUUCUAAGUCAAAGCAGGGAAAUCGUGAAUUUGUGACUGAGAUAGGGAUGAUUUCUGGAUUGCAACACCCUAAUCUUGUGAAGCUUUAUGGCUGUUGUAUUGAAGGAAAUCAAUUAUUGCUAAUUUAUGAGUACUUGGAAAACAACUGUCUUGCUCGUGCCCUUUUUGGUAGAGAUGAACAACGUCUUAACUUGGAUUGGUCUACGAGAAAGAAAAUAUGCUUGGGAAUAGCAAGAGGCCUUGCUUAUCUUCACGAGGAGUCAAGACUAAAAAUUGUUCACAGAGAUAUAAAGGCGACAAAUGUGCUGCUCGAUAAGGAUCUAAAUGCUAAGAUUUCCGACUUCGGAUUAGCCAAGCUUGAUGAAGAAGAGAACACUCAUAUCAGCACAAGAAUAGCUGGAACAAUAGGUUACAUGGCACCUGAAUAUGCAAUGAGGGGUUACUUGACCGAUAAAGCCGAUGUUUAUAGCUUUGGUGUUGUUCUUUUGGAGAUUGUGAGUGGGAAGAGCAACACAAAUUACAAGCCAAAGGAGGAGUUUGUUUUUCUCCUUGAUUGGGCCUAUGUCCAGCAAGAACAAGGGAACCUUUUAGAGCUUGUUGAUCCUUGUCUCGGUUCUAAGUACUCGAAAGAAGAGGCACUAAGGAUGCUUAACCUGGCUCUUUUAUGCACCAAUCCAUCACCAACUCUAAGGCCAUUAAUGUCUUCUGUAGUCAGUAUGAUAGAAGGCAAGGCUCCCGUCCAAGCUCCAUUAAUCAAACGAAAGGAUGCGGAUCAAGAUGCAAGGUUUAAAGCCUUCGAGAUGCUAUCACAUGACAGCCAAACGAAUGUGUCGACGUUUUCACAUGACAGCCAGGCUCCAAGAAGCACAGUGAUGGGUGGACCUUGGACUGAUUCUUCAAUGUCUAUACCGGAUGAGACUCGAGAUCAUUCUUCAUCAAGUAUGCUCCUCAAUAACAAUCCUUGAGAGCACAUUUGAAUGAUGCCAUGCUUUCAUAUUCAUUCUGACUUAAGAUUCUUUGUAAUGGAAAAUAUAUGAAAAUGUUAUUACAAUCAGAAAAAUGUUUUGAUAUAAUGUAGUGGACUGUUCAAUAUUACGAAGAGUUCCUUUUAUGAACUAAUAUGCUUGAUUAA